GCAUGCCCUGGCCUCCAUAAGCUGCCGGCUGCAAAUAUUUAAAGGAUUGUUUGGCAGUGAAGCUGCUCAUGUGAACAUAUAAUGUUUUCUCUGAAAGAAGAAGGACACCAAAAGAUUUAUGCAGACAGACGGAACGAUACUUUAACCCCGGUUUUCUAAAUUUUCAGUUUCUAUAAUACAUUCAGCUAUUUUGUUCAUUCAUCACCAAUACACUUUGUACAUCUAUACACCUAAUUCUACAUGUGUUGCAAUGUUUUUUGCAGUCUAAAGGUGUGAAACUGCAUCGUGCUCUGAAACCAGUUGUUCCACCGUACACCCAGUACAGCUGUGCUCCAGUUAGUAGACUCUUCACUCAUAUGAUGCAUGAGGAGAGAAGAUGUUAUCGCCUCUCUCACACACCGAUUGUUCAAGAAGAGUAGUUAUGCUGAUUUAUUACCAGAACCCCUGUCAGCAUUUCCUUGACCUAUAUUACUUAGAGUGGGUUAGCAGCGUGUGGGCGUAAAGCUAUGUUAUAUGUUUUAUAUGACUAUGAAGAGAGUCAAUGUUGGGGCAGUUCAGAACGUAUGUAGAAGUUUCAUUCUGCUUUCAGAAAAGUUUUAAACUAAGCCAGAUUUUUUGAAAGCCUAUCACAAAAAUUUGUUCUACUUGGGUGUGGAUUGACAGAAUACACUCUGGUUUGGUUUGGACACUCUACAAAAAUUUUCCAGCGUGAGUUGCAGAUUUUCACGUCAGACUUUUUUUUUCUCCUUUUAGCUCAGAAACCUUUUCUUCAUUGCCAUAAAAGUAGUAGUGUGCCGUUUUCACAGCCACAUCAAUCAGUUUAUAGGUGAACGUUCACAUCUUUUGACAGGAUGCAACAGACAAGACAUAUGAAAGCGUCACCUGGCUCAUCAACACACGCAUUUCACACCGGAGGCUUGAUGACUCGGUUAUGAUAGAUUAAAACGUGGUCAAGUAAAAAAGAACAUUGCUUUCAGAGACUUUGCAAAUUAAAGAGAAUGUACAAAAGUGUAAGAAGGCCUUCUCAAGUCUUUCUUCUUUUCUUUGUAUGUUUGAAUUGAUGAGAGAUAAUGAGAAAUAUGCAUACAAAGGUAGAGAAAAAAAGUGAUGGGGACGUAGAUAGAUACAGAUAAAGAAAGAAAAAAAAAAUUCCUACUACAAAUACACAAAACUUGAUCUUGUUUGUAGAUCAACGUGUGUAUCUUUAAAGUCAGUAACAGUAACAGCGGAAAUGCACCACAGAUCCUGUCAACACACCAACACAUUCUGCCUGUAUAUAAACACAGUGAGAAUGUAAUCAUAGCAAGACAGCGAGAGGAACGCUUCACAGUGAGGUUGAGCUCUGAAGGCGAGACACGACACGAUCAUGAUCCCGGCAAAAAAGCACUUAAGCCUGCGCUGCGUGUUAAGAGCUAUAUUGGUGCUGGGCCUCGCCUCUCUGUUGCACGCCGCCAGGAAAAACCAAGAAGUCACGGUGAAGUUGGGCCGGGGAACCGGACUUAAAGGCAAGACAGUGAGACUCAUCCUGGAUUCCUCGGUGCAGCCUCAGAUCGCCAGCACGUCUCCUUCAUCCAUCGCCAACAUGUCUCUGUCACCCUGGACUUUCAAAGACUCUGAUGUGGCGUCUCGUUUGCCGCGGCGGAUCCCUCAGGCUCAGUGCCUGACCUCCGGAUGUCUCAGCUUCCAGGGGGGAGGUGAGGACGCAGCCCUGGAGGCCAAACCCAUCUACUACCAGGUCCUGGUCCUCCACAGAGUCCCAAGGCAAAGGCAGAAAAACAAAAGAGGGAAGAAGGCCAAGAAGUAUGACUUAAGACUGGAAACGGAGGUGAUCUCAGUGGGCUGUACCUGUGUGCGGCCCAUCGUUAUACCGCAACAGUAAUGCAGAGAGCUCUGAUGCCAGCAAGCAUGCUGUGUUUAUUGCUUCCUAACUUAAAAUCUGUAUUAAGCAAUAUUUUUCAUGUCAUAACCGAAUCCAAGUGUACCAAUUAGCUCUGUGAAAAGUCCCUUCACCAUCACCGAGUCUCCAGCACCACCUAUUUUGUGGGAAUGAAUUUUGCUGCAGCACUUUUUGACGUGACCGGGCCUUUAAAGAAUAGGUUCACAAUUUUUCAAGUCUUUCUGA